AUGCCUACACAACUGGCGCACCCAUCUCCCAAGCGCAAACGCGACCAGCCCGCGCCCAUCCCUUUACUCAACACGGCCUUGGCCCUGCGUCCAGCACUGGAAUCACGCCCACGAAACACUCCGGCCCCGUCGUCUGGCGGUGAUAGCCCACAAAAUGCCGUCGCCGACCAGCUGCGAGACAUGACCCUGACAGCACUUGCGGCGAUACCACUAUCCCCGCUCACCCCCACCGACGAUGUCCUACGCAAGAGGCCGAAGCUCGAUGCCACCAGAGUCGACAGUAUUGUCGGACCAAGCACUGAGUUUGUGCAAGAGACGCCUACCAAAUACAACAAAAACAAUAGAGAUUCUUUUGGUAUUGGCACUGGCACGCCCGUGGCCGAGUCCUCUAGGGUAAUACCAGAGACCCCUCAGUCAUCCCAGCCCCGCUUGUUGCCAGAUAUCGCCUCUUUUGCGCAACCCACCAUCUUCGCCUCAUCACCUGCAAGCAAACCCGCGCAACCACAAGCAUCUGCAGACCAUGAGCUCAACGCGCAGCAUGACUCUCCGUCACGUUCUCAUCCACGAAAGAGAUCGCCGACGCCCCCACCGUCGACCCUGACGUGGCAGGACAGCGAGAUCACGGGGCACCUUGUUGACCCGUCAACCGACCCCGACGAUGACGGCACCGGCAUCAACGGUAUCGGAUUCAAACCUACACCUGCUCUGGCCUAUGCUCGGUCGCAAAAGCGACGACAACAGCUGAACGAAUGGAAAUUAAGAGAGACUAGAGAAGCAAGAGCCAGGCGUAGCGAAAGACGCCUCAGAGGCGUUAGAGCCACGCCAUCGAGAGAGGGCACAGUCGAGCGCGAAGUAAUGUCCAUGAAGAAAGUAGAGACGAGGCGGACAGUCAAGUUUGCCAUAUGA